AUGCCCGAAACUUCCGUCUUCGAAGCGGCCCUUGCUGCCGUGCCUGAUGAAGUUCGCUGGUGUCUCCGGUGCUUGGGAUGGUAUGCAGGCGAGUUCAAGGGCAACCGUGGACAGUUCUGUCAGGACGUCGACUUCGCAUGCUCAGGAGCAGUCGGAGGCCCCGACGAAAAGUGUGCACGGUGUCCCACAACAGAAAAGCACAAGUGUCUGACAAUUCCGGAUUCUGUGUGGAAGCUCGCCCGCGAAAUCAUUGCUCGCCGUCGAGCCAUGAUAGAUUUUGAAAAGAAGAACCCGAUGAGAGACAUUAGUGCUGCAGACCGUCAGGCUCUGAAGGCCGACUUCAAGAUCGUCAGAGACUGUACCAGGGAAUACUAUAGAGACAGCGAGAAGCGCGAUGCGGAACAUGUUGAAGACUCCGAAGACGAAGACGAUACACCCCCACGCAGAAAGCGCCCUCGCCGUUACGUCUCCAGCAUUCUGUACGACGAGUUCCACGAUUCCGAGCCUGAGACGGUACGCGACGAACACAGCCAGCAAGAGCGAGCCAGCGCGAACACGCACGCUGACGAUGACCUGCAGAAUCUUCCCCGAGCCAGCGUCGGCUCUCGAGUUCAAGAGAGGUCGCCUGCGGUACCUGACGGUACCGAGCAUCUUCUCCAGGCCGCUAGCAAUGCUGUCAAGAAGGUGGCCAGGCUCAAUGCCAUCAAGCCCGAAGCCGACAAGCGCUUUGCAACCGCGGCUCUGCAGUACUUCGGACUAGGCCCCAACGUGCCGAACAACCAGGCGCCGGGCGUUUCCCAACUGCUGAGACAGACUGGUCAUCACGCAGAUGGCGCCGCUCGGGAGGCUGCCGGGGAGGUUUCGAGGAUUUCAGGGGAGCUCAAGGAUGCGCACACUCGCCUAGGCGAGGCCGUGUUCGCCAUCGUGGCAUCUGGAGGUGUCCCGCCUGAGAUAUCAGGGGACGAAGCGAUUUUGGGGCAUCUUUCCAGACACCCUGUGCAUCCCGCCGUCAUGGUCUCAUCAAACUUUGGCCCUGCAUUUGCUACCGGCAUCGAGACUCGAUGGUGUCUCCGGUGCUUGAAGUGGUACGCCGGCAAAUCCAAGAACAAACGCGGGCAAGAGUGCCAGGAGCUUGAUUUCACAUGCAGCGGAGCUUCUGGGGAAGGUAGGUACCUCUUUCCGCUCUUGCCACGUAUUGCUGACUCCCUGCCCAGACAGAUGCGAGCGAUUCCUCCGUCGCAGUGGCUUCGCGCCCAAAAUGUUAUCGCUCGUCGUCGCGCAAUCUUGGAACUGCGCCAGCUUCAUCCCGGCGCGGAGAUUAGCUCCGACGACACCAGCGCUGUAGUGCGCGCCCUCGCAGCUGUCCAGUCUGGCACCGAGAAUUACUACAGCCGUCUCGAGAACAACGAUGAUAAGGACGACGAUAGCGACAGCGAUGAUGCCCGCGAAGACGACGUCCAGACCGCUUCCUUCCCUGUCGAUGCUGAUACUCGUCCUCGACGCUCCGUGCCUACCGUGAACUACUCUCGGUCCGCCUUGUACCCCGCUGAGACACUCAAGGCCUUUCGCUCGGCAGGCAAAGACAGGAUCUCUUCGAAGACCUCCACAUCUAACCCCGCAGCCGCCCCAAUCCCUCGCCCCGUCAGUCGCCAGGAUCCCUUUCUACCUAGCGCAGGUCCGGCUGAGCCCGUCCCGGCUGGCUCAGCCGUCCUGGACCCCGGCGGUAUUGCCGGCGCCCUCGCCGUCUCUCGGCAUGCAACACCGGCACCAGCUGCUGCCAUGGCUGCCCCGGACCGAUUCGCGAGAGUCAGAGAGGCCAUAGGCGAGGUGUCCCGUCUAACGGCCGCUCGGAAUGAGGCUAUCAACCGCUUGGGCGAGGCAUUCUUUGACGCGGUUGUGCCAGGAGAGCCCGCACCUGUCACACAUCUGUCGGAGGAUCAGGUGCAAAAUGUGCUGACAAUGCUGGGUCAGGCCGGUGGGAACUUUGGAAAUGAGUGA